AUAAUUUUCCAGGAACGAGAUAACUCAAGGCUGAUAAUACCGUAUAUAGACCUAGGGGUCUACUGCAAGUCGAACAUUUGUCACCAUAAUGAAGACCACAGAACGUGUACUAGCGUCAGCCAUCUUGCUGCUUUUGGGAGUGGCAGAUCUCGCUUCAGGGCUGACGGGUCGUGCAUUUGAAAGAGCCAAGGAGGUUGAUGAGAAAUGUAGAAGCGAAAAUAAUGUGGAAAGAGCUUACUUCGAAAAAUUUAUUAAGGCUCGUAUAGAUGAAAUCGACCCUCCAGAUAAUUACAAGUGCUUUGUUAAAUGUGUCAUGGUCGAACUCAUGGCUCUCAACGAUGAAGGAGACUUCAACGUUGAUGAAGAACUGCAGAACGUACCGCCAGAGAUCGUGGAAGAGGGCCAUCGUAUAGUGAAGACAUGCCAUGGAACACCCGGAAAGGACCCCUGUGACAAGGCCUAUCAGGUGCAUAAGUGCUACCACAAAGAAAAUCCAGAGCUGUACUCGCUUAUCUUGCAUUACUGGGAAAACGCAUCCCAAUAGAUUCCGAACAUAAGUUCAACUUGGGCCCUUUCCUACUUCUGGACGAAACAGAGAAGCUCACGUACACAUCAGCACGCUUGUCGGACACAUGGGGUUGUGUAUCCCGCAUAUAAAACUGUAUUAUCCAACAAAUGACGCACCUAAUAAAGCACACAUUGGCAGGGA